AUGCUUCCCAACUACAACAACCACUGGCAAGAAGCCAGAAAUAGAAACACUAAUCGUCAACCAAACCAAUAUCACGUACCCUACAAUGGCCCUGUCUUCCAUCGACCUCUACCACCUACCAAUCGCCGACCACCAACCAACGCAUCCAGAUAUAUCCCACCCCAUCGCCGACCUACCUACAACACAGCCUACCAAUCAAGAGGUAACCAUCGACCUGACCAACAACAGAAACGACUACCAGCCCACCGACGCCAACCAGUCCCCACUCAUAAGGAGGAAGAACCCUUUGUGAAGGUGUUCUUCCAAGUUUUGCAGUGCCUCCAUCAUUUGGCAAUCCUUACCCUUCAACAGCAAGGCCAACCAGCGUUUACCUUCAAACGCAAAGUCUCUGAGUUGGAUAGUUUUAUCCGUCCAGCAAUGAAAACAUCAGCUGUCGACGCGAAUAUUAGAUCCCUCAAUCGGACAUGGCUCUGUAAGGUUACGCAGGUCCUGAUCGACCAUUACCAAACCACACUUCAAGAGAAGCUGACCACCAUUCGUACCAAGUCUUUAUCAUCACCUGCCGUCGACCGCAUCGUUUCUCAUGCCCUGUCCUGGGCCCGUCGCUCCUAUGGGAAACGUCUCACUCAAGCUGUAAUUUCCAAAUUCUACCAAACAAUCAACGAAACAAAAACCAGAGUAACCAUAUCUCUACCAACUGAAAUGGACACUACACCUGCACCAUCUAGAGCUACCACGCUGCCGAACCAAACCCCUAAACGAGCCCGAAGUUCACCUACUCCUGGUCCAGCAGACAUAGGUAAACGCUCUCUUAGAGAGGGCACACCCCUUCUCUUUUCACUUUCAGACUCGUCUUCCCCUUCCACACCAUCUGAAUCUUCACCACGUGAUCCAGGAUCCGCCAACCUUUCUUCCUUCUGUGCGUUUUUGGACCAGCAAACCACCCCUCAGUCUCCAUCCAAGUCGAGACAUGUAUCCAUACCUUCCCCUCCUCGAACCAGAUCCCAGUCCGUUCCCAAUGCUACUAUUCUAACAACUACCAAACCAGUACCAAUCACACCGUCGACGACCAUUAUAUCCGCUACCAAACCGUAUUAUCACCAAACCAAGGACAAAUCAUUAUGGAAACUACCUGCUCUAAAGAAAUCAACCUUAAUAAUUGGAUCAUCUAACCUGAAUCGAAUUACCAAAACCAGUUCGGACACCGAAAUACAUUCUUACCCCGGUGCCCAAAUCCAUCACAUACAGUCAAUCCUGGAAUCAUACGACCAUGAUCCCAAACCUACUACCAUUAUUCUUCAUGAUUCGGAUGUGUCAGAAAGUGAUUUUGUGUCAUCAAGUACCACGCAGGACAUCACAGAAACUAACUUUCACGAAGUCAGAGAUAUCCCAGUGGCUUCUAGUAAAGAUCACAGCUGGAAAACACAGCAUUUGCUCGACGAACACAAGGAUAGGUUCCAAUGGAAUUUUCAUUUUGACAAUCAUGCUGAUAUACUAUCUGAUCCAAUAGAAUUGAUUGAACUCUUCUAUGACGAUGAGGUUAUACAAAUCCUGUGUAACCAGAGCAUCCGAUAUGCUGGUCAGAAAGGAAAACAGUUCUUUUUAGUUGAUCCUGAAGAAUUGCAGGCGUUUGUAGCUAUACUUUUGGUUUCAGACUUCAUAUUAGGAUGUUCGCAAUGA